AUGCCUUGCCUGGACGAAUUCCCUGCCUACCGAUUCUGGUACAUGCGGUAUUGUGGUGAAGUGGAACGACCGACCUGGUGGUUCCGUUGCCGUCUGUGGUAUGCAUUCAUUUUGCUCUGUUCCUUCGGUCCGCUUCACGUGCUCUAUCUCGUCAAAACUCCUGCACUGGAUCUGAUGGAUACCUGCGAAGAGAUCAUGCUGCUGCAACUGUGCGCAACGGUGGUGCUGAAGUUUAGCCUGUUCGUAACUCAUCGCACCGAGAUCUACGAUCUGGUGGAGGGAUUCAAAAGCAUUCUGAAGGGCAUAACGGUGGAUGAGUUUUCACGGUUUGUCAAGUGCAACGAGGUGCAUGCGAAGCUGGCUCGGCUUUACGUGAUCGGUACGACGAUUGUGCUCAUGCUGUACGAGCUGGUCGCGGUUGUAACCAGCGUAACAAUAUCGCUACAGCAACAUGAAGUCCAUUUUGUGACGCCAUUCAAUUUUCCCUUUUAUUAUCAACAUCCGGUCGCGUAUGUGGUAUGCUUUCUGCAUAACUUGGAUGCAAUGUUGAUAACCGUAUUUGUGAGCGUAACGAUCGACGCAUGCUACUCGGAGAUGGCCAGCAACUUGUCUAUCCACUUCCACAUCGUACGGGAACGGUUUGAGAGGCUGGACAUCUCCGCCGGGCAACCGUUUGCCGAGCGUGAGCUGAGUGAGGUCAUUUCGUACCACGAUGACGUAUUAACCCUUGCGCAAAGGAUGACGGAACUCUUUCAAGAAUCGGUAUUCUACUUGCUGCUGCUACUCUCAACAAUAUUGUGCCUGCUGGGGUAUGAGUUUGUUAUGGUGAACAAUAUCUACAAACGGGCACAGGUGGCCACGUUGGCUGGUAUCAUGAUCGGUCAGGCUGUCAUCUAUACCUACCAUGGAUCAGUGAUUCGCGAUGAGAGUGUAAACGUGUCGGAUGCCAUUUAUGGCACCAACUGGUACGAAGCAACAAAUGAUAGGAAAAAACAAAUCCACAUCAGCUUGAUGCGCGCCCAGAAACCGGUAAUCGUAAAGAGCGGGUUCAUAGAAGCCUCACUGCCAACGCUGAAGAAGAUUCUUAGCUCCAGUGCAUCGUACAUUACUAUGCUGAUGUCUUUGGAGGCUGAUGUUUCAGAGUAA